AGGCUCGCAGAGACAGAGACGGAGACGGAGACAGAGACAGACACAGAGAGAGAGGCCACGUGGCAAAAACCCACGUUCUUUAUUUUUUCUCAGAGCUUCAAUCUGGCAGUAUAUAUAGGUUGUUCAUUGACCCUUCGUCUCCUUCUCCGUUGAGGUUGUUCAUAGGAAAGAUAUAUACAUACACAUAUAUAUAAAUAUUAUAUAUGUGUGUGUAUAGCAGCUCUGUUUCUUGGUUAUUGAGCUCUGUUCUUCGUGGUGCUUCCAAAUUAGAGGCUUUGUUGCUACCCAAUUGCCCAACAAUUUGAACCCAAUUUGCUGAAAACCCCAUUGUUUCUCUGUUUCUUGCUUCAAGUGAUUGUCUUUCUUUCAAUCCCAAAUAUACCCAUUUGCUUUCCUUCUGGGUUUUCUUGAAUUUGAUUCUUGGCGUGACUUGAUGAGUUGAGCCCCAAGUUUUCAAUCUCUCAGUCAUUCUUUCCUUGUUGUUGCAUUCUUAGAAAACCCAUUGCAUUGCAUUAAAGCUUGGUUUCAAACCGGUUUUCAUCUUUCUCUAUUUACCAGCUUUGUGCAUCUCCAGAGUCCUCAGAGAACAAGAUGUUGAGGGGAUUCAGAAAGCCAAAAUUUUUCACCAAAUGCAAAUCUGAUAUAAAGAUCACGAAGUUGAGGUUUGAGACGAUAAAGAAGAAGAGGAGCGCGGUGCAGAAGUAUUUGAAGAAUGAUAUUGCUGAUCUUCUGAGGAGUGGCCUCGGCAUCAAUGCCUAUGGCAGGGCUGAGGGGCUUCUGGUUGAGCAAAAUAUGUCUGCCUGCUAUGAAUUAACUGAGAACUUUAUUGGAUGUAUCUCAAAUAAUCUCUCUCUCAUGCAAAACCAGAGCGAAUGUCCUGAGGAAUGCAGGGAAGCUGUUCCAUCUUUGAUGUACGCUGCAGCACGAUUUGCUGAUUUGCCAGAACUGCGUGACCUCAGAAAUAUGUUUACUGAAAGAUAUGGAAAUUCCCUUGAACCUUUUGUGAAUAAAGAGCUUGUGGAGAGGUUGAAGGCGAAGCCUCCUACAAAGGAGAUGAAGAUUCAGUUAUUGCAUGACGUAGCACAAGAGUUCUCAAUUGAAUGGGAUUCAAAGGCUUUGGAACAGAAACUGUAUACUCCAUCUCCACUUGACCAAGGACAGUGCAGAUAUGGGUCUCCAGGCAACAGUGAUGAUGAUAUGCAGAAAUCACAUAAAAGUAGGGAUAAUUCUUUUCCAAAGAGAAAAAACCAGGAUGCUGGGGACGUAUUGAGCCACAGAACAAAGUAUACUGCAUCAGUAGGAAGUGAAGAUGAAACGACAGAUGUGUCCCAAGACGCACCAAAGUAUUGUUCGAGUUCAGUAGGAAGUACAUCAGGGGAUGAAGCGGAUAACAAGAUGCCCUUCUACUCCAAAUUUGCUCCACCGCCUUACUACAAACCAAAACCUGAAAGAAAGGAAAGCAGCUUUGAGGAACCCACAAAGUUAAACAGCCAUGUUGAAACAGAUCACCAUAAUGAUGUUUCAGUUGGCGAAGAUGAUCCAAAACCAAGAUCAGUUAGGAGGAAAAACUUGAAACCACCACCCGGUCGUGAGAAUCUUGACAGGAAUGAUCCAAGGGAUGAAGAAGAGAGGGUACUGGAUGGGCUUUUGAUGCAUUACAGUAAGAAACAGGCACCCUAUGAAUCGAGACAGAUGAAGGGCAAUCCAAGUCAAGUAGACAAUGAUGCUGGUGAAUCUGCGAACAGAAGCAGAAGAUCUCAGCGAGAUGCUCCAUCAGCCAGAGCAUCAUCUCUUCCACCAGAGCCAACAUCUCCAAUUGAGGCACCGAAAAGGCACGACAGAACCAAUUCCUUGCAACCAGAUGCACAUGUGCACCCGAAACUACCGGAGUAUGAUGAACUGGCAGCUCGAAUUGCAGCGCUUAGAGGAAUAUAGAAGAAGACAGCAGCAUUAGAAGUGUAUCUUUGUAAAAAAAAAAUUACGUUGUGCAUGUCCAUUAUCAUCUUCUCUACCUUCUAUAGGAAAUAUUAUUAGUUUGUUCCAGUUUGAUAUCUCUAUCAAUAUUCAUUCAUUAGUUUACUAA